AUGUCCGACAGUGCCGCCGACGCCGAGCCUCAGGCCAAGAGGAAAUGCCUCGGGGCAGACUGCAGCAACGACGCUGGGACUUUGCAGUGCCCCACGUGCCUGAAGCUGGGCAACAAGGACAGCUUCUUCUGCUCCCAAGACUGCUUCAAGAGGAAUUGGAACGACCACAAGCCGAGGCAUAAAUCCGGCCAAGAUGACAAGAAGCCAACCAGUCGAUUCUACAAUCCAUUCCCAAACUACCCCUACACCGGCUCCGUCCGUGCCGUGUACCCCCUCUCGGCCAUGCGAACCGUCCCCAAAUCGAUCCGACGUCCAGAUUAUGCCGACACUGGGAUUUCCAAUGCCGAGCGACGGCUGAACCGAACCAAGAUCGAUAUACUCGACGCAAAGGCGCAAGAGGCCAUGCGUAAAGUGUGCCGGUUGGCUCGAGAAGUGCUGGACAUCACCGCAGCAGCUCUGAAGCCUGGCGUCACCACUGAUUACCUGGACGAAGUCUGCCACAAGGCUUGCAUAGAGCGCAAGUCGUACCCUUCGCCACUCAACUACAACCACUUCCCCAAGUCGCUCUGCACCUCACCCAACGAGAUUGUCUGCCACGGAAUCCCCGACCAACGGAUCCUCCUCGACGGCGACAUCCUGAACCUCGACAUCUCCAUCUACCACGAAGGCUACCACGCCGACCUCAACGAGACCUACUACGUCGGCGACCGAGCCAAGGCCAACCCCGACAACGUGAGGAUCAUCGAGACGACCCGCGAGUGCCUGGACGAGGCCAUCAAGCUCGUGAAGCCGGGCACCCCGUUCCGCGAGUUCGGCAACGCCAUCGAGAAGCACGCCAAGUCGCGGGACUGCCACAUCGUCGCGACCUGGGGCGGGCACGGCAUCAACACCAACUUCCACCCGCCUCCGUGGAUCCCCCACUACGGCAAGAACAAGGCGGUUGGCACGUGCAAGCCCGGGAUGACGUUCACGAUCGAGCCUAUCCUCGCUCUGGGGAAGCCCAAGGAGGUGUACUGGCCCGACAACUGGACGAAUGCGACCGUUGAUGGGUCGCGGACUGCUCAGUUUGAGCACACCCUGCUCGUUACCGAGACUGGCGUCGAGGUUCUGACGGCGCGAAGGGAAGAUUCUCCGGGAGGACCCAUCCCGAUGCCGGACACGGCGAGCAGCAACGAUAAGACGAGCACAUGA